AUCCGGCAUACCCGGAAGUGUAUGCUUUUCUUCCGGGCUACCUUGAAGUUCAUUGCCCCGUUUGUUAACGUUAGCGAAAAGGGAAUUCUUCAAUUGAACAAUAAAUAAAGACAAUUAAAAUGGCGGGAACGACUUCGGUAGCAGGUGAAGUUUUUGUUGAUGCUUUGCCGUAUUUUGACCAGGGAUACGAUGCUCCAGGUGUCAGAGAAGCGGCGGCAGCACUGGUUGAAGAAGAGACCAGAAGGUACCGACCGACAAAGAACUACCUGAGUUACCUGCCAACGCCAGACUUCUCUACUUUUGAGACAGAAAUUAUGAGGAAUGAAUUUGAGCGGCUGGCAGCUCGGCAGCCCAUGGAGCUCCUGAGCAUGAAGAGGUAUGAGCUGCCGGCGCCUACAUCGGGACAGAAGAACGACAUCACGGCGUGGCAGGAGUGUGUGAACAACUCCAUGGCUCAGCUGGAGCACCAGGCGGUCCGCAUCGAGAACCUGGAGCUCAUGUCGCAAUACGGAACAAACGCAUGGAAAGUCUACAACAGUAACUUGGCCUUCAUGAUUGAGAUGGCUCAGAAGGAGCUUCACAAGUUCAGAAAGCAAAUUCAAGAUUUGAACUGGCAGCGGAAGAACGACCAGUUAGCAGCUGGAGCCAAACUACGCGAGCUGGAGUCAAACUGGGUGUCGCUGGUCAGUAAGAACUACGAGAUCGAGCGGGCCAUCGUCCAGCUGGAGAAUGAAGUCGGUCAGCUCAGACAGCAGCAGGGGGACGAGAACAAGGAGAACAUCAGACAGGACUUCUAGAGAAAGACCGCCCGAGCUCUGGACUCUGAUGGCUUCUCAGGAAGACGGACUGCUUUCAGCUCUGGCUAUGAAGCCAUCUGAGGAAGUCGACCCAAAACCACCAAUUUAAACUGACUAAAAACAGUAGUGGAUUAGUUCUACAGUUUCAGAGAGCUGCUGAAAGAGGCAAGUUUCUUUGAGUGCUUCUGAAACACAGACAGCAGCUUUUACCCUCUUGUUUCAUUUAGCAUCACUGAUCACUUUACUUCUGUAGACCUUGGAGGAUGCCUUUUUUCCAGCAGGUUUUUUUUUUUUUUUUU